ACGUUCUAGCUCCAUACCCAUUCAUCGAAAAACACAGCGAGUAAUCAAAUCAUUUCUUGAGAAAAUUUUCUAAACAUGUCUGGAAUCAUGAACAAGAUCAGUGAAACCCUCCACAUGGGAGGAGGCCACAAGCCUGAGGAUCAGCACAAGGGCGAGCACAAGGGCGAACACCACGGCGAGCACAAGCCGGAGCACUACGGCGACCACAAGCCGGAGCACCACGGCGAGCACAAAGGCGAGCACAAGGAAGGAGUGUUGGAGAAGAUCAAGGACAAGAUCCACGGUGAAGGAGGCCACGAAGACAAGGGCGAGAAGAAGAAGAAGAAGAAGGAGAAGAAGAAAGACGGUCACGGCCAUGGCCAUGACAGCAGCAGCAGCGACAGCGAUUAGAUUCAAUGUAAAUAUGAAGAUCAUGAUAUAGGUAUUUCGGGUAGCGGUGUGGAGACAAGGAAGCUGGGUUUGUUUGGCCUUGUUAUGUGAAGUUUGGAGAAAAUAAAUCAUAAGAAAAAGAAAAGAAAAAAAAUGUAAUGAAAAUGAAAUGAAAAGAAGUGGUUGUGUCGUGAUCUGACUAUAGUACGUCGUCGUUUUGUGUGUUUAAUGGUGCUUUGAAUAAUAUUGUCAUGUAAUAAUGGUAUUAAUAUUAUUGAUAUGAUAUGAAAUGAUAUUGUAGGGUAGAGUUUUCAUAUAUUGUCCGUGAAUCGUGAUGAUAUUUAUUUAUGGAAUGAAAUUUUUAUUUGUGGUCAUAA